AUGUCUCCCUCUCAUUCAGGUUAUGGUCGAAUGGCCCCAGUCACCGAUCUGGGGAGAAUUGUCACCAUGGUCUAUGCGGCCAUCGGCAUCCCUCUGAUGCUCCUGCUGCUGGCAGAUCUUGGUGACAUUCUUGCCGCCUUCAUGUCCAGGACAUACAACUCUGUUCUGGAUUCCUGGCACAGAUGUUUCCAGUGUAAAUCGAGCCUGUCCACCACCAGCUUCUGCAGUCUGAAGCGCCACUCAACGAGGUCCAGUGUGCCCUCCACCAUGGACAGCCGAGUGUCAAUCAAGGAGCCACUUAGCCUGACCGACAUCCUGAAGAACCAGGCGCCCGUGAAGGACAGCUACCUGCAAUUGAGGAACCUCAACAUUUUUGAAUUGCUGAUUUUGAAGGACACUGAAAGGACUUUACCCAAGAAAGGUCCAUAUAUGAGAUGUUACUCCUGCCCUGCCCUUGAAAUGAAGGAUAUCCCUUAUGCACCCCUGUUAAACUUUGACAAGCUUGGAGAGGGGCUGGAUCAGCUGGACGUUCCGAUCCCGGUCAUCAUCUUCGUAGUGAUGGCCUUCAUCAUGCUGGGGGCAGUAAUUCUUCGUCUGUGGGAGAAAUGGAGCGUCCUGGAAGCUUUCUACUUCUGCUUUAUAACACUGACCACCAUUGGAUUUGGCGACGUCUUUCCUGAACACCCCAAGUACUUCUUGCUGCUGUCGGUGUACACGGUGCUGGGCAUGGCCAUUAUAUGCAUGGCCUUCAAACUAAUGCAGAACCGCAUGGUGUCAUUCUAUAAGAAGUGCAUCAUUUGUGUGAGCGCCGGGAAGGUUUACAGGGAGCCCACCGAUAAGAAGCCGUAA